AUGGCGGACUUGGGCGCGCCGCAGCCGGUGCGAAGAAACUGCUGCAGCCGGCUGAUCGCCAAGGCCAAUGAACCCCAUGGCCACUCCGGACUGGCAGGGAAUCGUGACUGGGAGGAAGGAGGACACUCGUACUUCCGAAAGUUCCGAUUUGCGCUGUCUCUCUUCAGCUUGUUCCACAUUUUGGCUAUCAUCGGAAGUGCCAAAGACGUUUAUCUGGAGAAGUUUGGGGCAGAUGCCACGGCCAUUGGCUGUCUUUUCUCAGUGAUCUCCUUUUGGAGCCCGUUGACCGAAUUCUUGGUGGGUCACCUGCAGGAUCGCGGAUGUCUCUCGCGUUUCUUCCCCUUAGAUCGUUGGGGCAAACGUGCGCCCUUUCUGUUGACCCAUUGCAUCAUCGCAGCCACGGCGGCCAGUGUGGUCUACAUGCCUCCUAGUGAUGCCUCAGGGCCCUUAGAAGUUUGGUUCGUGCUAAUGCUGAUGUUGUCCUACUGGGGCGCCGCCUCGUGCGUCAUCGCCUUCGAGUCGGCUCGGCAGGAGAUUUAUCCCUACAAAGAGGAGAGGAUCGUCGUGGAAGGCCUGUGCAAGUAUACCUGCAUGAUGGGUGGUGGCUGUGGAGCCAUUCCAGUCUUAGUUCUCAUGGCAGAUGCGUCGAUGUUGAACCGCUUAGGAGCGCUGAUCUACAUCUUCUUGUUCGGCCUGGUGAGUUUGGAGGCGGUGCCGAUCUUCAAAGAAGCCAGACAGGCACCAGUGAGCUUGAAGGAGGACGAGAGCAGCGCCCCCGACACCGGCAGCGUGCUGGACAUCUUGCGCGAGGUGCGACCGCGCUGCCGAUGCUGCCGGAGACGUGGAGCCGCCGAGGAGGCGCAGCCGAACAUGGCUUUUCGACACCUGAUGGCCGUCAAGUUUUGGCAUGGCGCCUACGGCGCCUCCAUUGGUAGCACUCUCUUCUACUACGUGACCUAUGUCCUGCGACUUGGGGGAUGGGAACGACUGCAGGUGAUCGCGGCCGGCGGCCUCAUAGCAGGAGUCACCGAGAUCGGUCUGAACUUGGUCUACAUGCGGCUCUUUAGCGCGGGGGAUGGCAGGCAAGACUUGAGCGGCAUCAAGGACCGGCGCCUGCUGCGCUAUGUGGUCUUCUGCCGUCUUCUAAACGCCCUGGCCACCUUCCUAAUCAUCGGCUGGGCGGAUGCCUCCGUCACCAUGGUCUUCCUAUGGGCCUUCACCACACGCCUGGGCCUAGCGAGUUUUUCCUUCUGGCGAGUGUCGGCGCAGUGUUGGCUGGUGGAUGAGGACUGCAUCUUCGGCACAGUGCCAGGGAGAAAGCGCCAAGGCAUCAUCUUUGGAGCCCUGGCCAUGACGCAGAACUUCGCAGGUGCCUUCUUCUCCUCCAUGACCUUUCUGGGCUUGGGCCUGGCAGGGCUGGAGACCGUGAACUGCGAGGCCCAGUGCAAGCACCUUUCUGGGGGCCCAGUGGUGGACACCACGGGAGUGGUGGCAGAGUGUGUGGAUGAAUGCUUCCUGGGCGUCAUCGCACAACAGCCCGAAUCGCUCAGAAUGUAUGUGCGCACUGUGAUCGGCAUUUGGGCGCCCUUCUGCGAGCUGCUCAUUGCUUUCCAUGCCUGGAAGUACCCCAUCAAGGGCGCCAGGCUCCGACGUCUCUACGCUGGGAUUUGCCAGAGCCGAGGGGAAGAGAUCAACCUGAAGCCGGAAGAGACGGGCACGCCGCAUACGGGCAAGUCCAGGAUCGUUCUGAGUAUGGAGGCGCAGAAGAGCAUCCGCAGCAGUGGUGGCCGCCUCAAACGCCAGCAGACCGAAGGAGACGGGCUGCUGUGGAGGUUGGCCCAUACCACCGCGAUGGUGGAAGCUUGGCCUGGAGCCAAGUCGUUGUCCGUCUUCUUCGAUGUUAAUGAGGCGGGACCCCAGGAAAAUCGGGUGAGUAAGACCAGCAAGACCGGCGUUGCCGCCAUGGACGCCAUGGCUGUGGUGAUUGGUUCAGAGGCGGAGGGAGAAGUGGCCAAAGAAUCUGAAGAGGCAAUUGUUGGUCACUUGAACUUGUCGCUGAGUCACUAG